GCCGAUUAGUAGUGUCGAAGACACGGCAGAGGAACAUUGUUCCGGCACUUGGCAUUCUCGCGCGGUUGAAUCGGUUUACUCGUCUUCGAUCGGUUUACUCGUCUUCGAUCGAUCUCUUCGGAUAAAUUCUCACGUAACCGUAUCAACUUCCUCUUUUUUUCGAACCGUGAGGGGAAGAAAGAGUGGGAUAAAUUUUCGUUUUCGCGCGAGGGUAGGGAUUUAUGGUGUCUUUGGAAAUUCAAAUAACCAGACUUUCCGAGUUGCGCCGUCAGUGUCGUGCCGGUAAACGAAGCAAAGGGUAGUGUCGAUGAUCGCGCCCUUAACGACGGUCGAGUUUGCAGAAUGCUGCAAGGGUUAUCUCGGGACCAUUCCAUAGACAACCGAGCGCGCAGAAGAACCGUUUCAACCCGAGCCGCUGAACCCUCCAACCCUUUCGCCGGAUUUCAGAAGCCGGCGACAUUGUAUCGGAGAGGCGUCGACGAUUCGUGAUCCAGUCUCGAGAGGGUUAUUCGGGGGGACAUCGACGCUGGCGAGCAUCGGCAACGACAACAGCAGGAGGCAGAAGGCUCAAAGGAUAGGCGGUAGGAGGCAGCAGAAGGCGCAUGAAACGGACACAAGAUCGCGAUAAAACGGAAGAUGACCGAGCUACUACACCGGAAUCCUUGCGGAGUACAAGUCCGGCCGUGUCGCCACCCCCGCAAUGGCAGUCGAACAAUACUAACAGCAGUAGCUGCGUAAGCGGAGCCGGUAACGGUAGCAGUAGUGGCAGCGGCAGCGGCUGUGGCAGCGGCAGUGGCAGCGGCAGCGGCAGUGGCAGCGGUAUCACCCCGGCCCCGCAAUCCAGUAACACACCCCCGCGCAGAUUCAUCUCGAGCAUCCUCGGCGGAGAUGUGCCCUAUGGCAGCAGAGGUCACGUGCUAACCAGAGCGGAACGGAAAGAGUACAGCAGUCCGCCGAUUGCUCCUUCGUCGAGCGAUGCUACCCUCUUCAUCGGAAAAUCGGAGAAGCUGGUCUUGCCGCGGCCUAUCACCCCUCCAAAGACGCCUCGAGUCGAACCUCCGACCAGAGUCUCCGUCAUCCAGAGGGUCCCCCCACAGAGCCAGUCGACGUCCCGGAGGGAGGAUAAGGUGGAGAUAGCGCAGACGCAAGAACCGGAGCAGGACCAGCCAAUCGAUUACGCUGUGCCCAAGAGAAAAGAGGAGGACGAGGAGCGUGGUCGAGAAGGCGCGAAGGUGUCGCGCAUGAUCGGCAACUCGAUCGCGAGACCUUUGCUGGCCAUGAGAUUGUCCGGUGGUCCACAGGUGGUACACGCAGCAGCCGGUCACGGGAGAUCCGGGGGCAACGGUGGCUCUGGCUCUGGGUCCGGUGGCGGCGCAGCCGGCUCCGGGAAUUCCACGUCCUCGAACUCGACCGGAAGCGGUGGCUACUGCGGCGGUGGCGGAGCUGUCACGGGUGGUAGUGGGGGCGGUGGGGCCGUGGGCGGAGGUGCCGGUGCCGGGGGCAUGAAUCCCGGCGGGAACGGCGGCAGAGGUAACUACGGACCCAGCUCGCCACCUACAGGAUCGUUGCCGCCGUUCUACGAGUCCCUGAAAGGGGGCAACAAUCUGGCCAACUUCGCCAACCAAUACAACAGCACGCAAGGUAACGGCUACCUGACGCCUUCGCCAACGGUGGGCAUGGAGUGCGACACGGGCCAGCAGGACGUGAACUCGCAACAUUCACAGUAUAACGCGCAGGAGGGGAAGCAGUAUUCCCUUCUGCAGAACGUCUGCGCCACCUACGGCCUAACGCUCAAAGAGGAAGAAGACCUGUCUCCCUACAAGAUACAACCUAACGACAUGUUGCCGGGACAAUACAACACCUAUGACAUGACCGACGCGGGGAUGAUGGUGGACAUGGUGACCGGCGCCGUGGUCGAUCCCCUACAGUUCACCGCAACUCUUACGUUCAGCUCACCAACGGACCACACGGCGCUCUUGGAAAGCUUAAGCGAUGCCGCCGAUCUUUUCCUGCCGAGGCUACCGGCCGAGGACGGCGGCAACGAUCUUCUCGAAGAAUCGCUCCAGUCACCCGCCUCGGCCGGAAGCGGGAUAGGCCAAGACGCUUCCGGGCAGAUGAAUGCGCCCGUCGAGCCCAGCGUCGACCCCUUCCCCGAGCACAGCAUGGCUCUUUCGCGGGGUUUCGACACAUCGAGGCACUACACUGGAGCUCCUCAUCAUUUCAGCACCUCGAAAUUAGGACUGAGCUACGGGAAUGAGUCGAGUUAUCAGACCGUGUCGAAGGAGCGUACCGAGCUCGGACUUCACAUCAACCAGAAUCACCAGCAUCAGUCCGAGCCACAGCUGCAGCAACUCCAGAUACAAGUACAGCUGCAGCAACAGCAACAGCAGCAACAACAGCAACAGCAACAGGGCACGGCUCCCUCGCCCCAUCAGCAGCAACACCAAGGACUGUUAAGUCCGGGAUUGAGCUUCGCAGGCAGUGGUCUGGAACUAGAUUCAGGUAGCAGCGUUGGCGGAAGUCUACCGAGUCCUGGAGCAGCUAGCUGUUCGUUGGACGCGGCAUCGAGCAGCACGUCGCCAUCCUGCGCAUUGAUGGAACACACGGCCAGCCCAGCUGGAACUGUGUCUGCGGCAUCGGUCAACUCUGUGCAACAGCCCGGUCCGGUUGGAGAACCGCCGCUGACGCAACGGGUCGGUGUCCUACAGCAAAGGCUUGGCUUGCCGGGUGACUGUCAAAUCGAGUUCGUCAACGGUGGCCAUGGGAUUAAAAAUCCACUGGCGAUCGAGGGUCAGAGACAGGCGGCGGCUAAUCGCGACGAAGAGAGGGCAGCGCGACCUCCACCCGGCAAGGACGACGAUCCCAACCGCUUCACGUGUCGCGUAUGUAGCAAAAACUUCAGCUUGCAACGGCUGCUUAACCGGCAUAUGAAAUGUCACAGCGACGUAAAACGUUACCUGUGCACAUUCUGUGGCAAAGGUUUCAACGACACCUUUGACCUCAAACGUCACACUCGAACGCACACAGGCGUUAGACCGUACAAAUGCAAUCUUUGCGAGAAAAGCUUCACGCAAAGAUGCUCAUUGGAGAGUCAUUGCCUGAAAGUUCACGGCGUUCAGCACCAAUACGCCUACAAAGAACGGCGCACAAAGGUAUACGUGUGCGAGGAGUGCGGUCAUACGACGCAAGAGCCAGAAGUUCAUUAUCUGCACCUGAAGGAUAAGCACCCGUACAGUCCGGCGUUGCUCAAGUUCUAUGACAAGCGACACUUCAAAUUCACCAACAGCAAUUUCGCCAAUAUGCUGCUCCAGGGUGGCCUGUUGCAACGGGACUCGCGGGACACACGGGACAUACGGGACACGGAGAGCUGCGUAAAAUCUGCCUCGAAGAGUCUCCAACCGCCCAACCAACGAGCACCGACGAUGUCGCAUUUGGGCCGAGCAUCCAGCAUCUGAUGAACAGUCGCCGCCCCCGGCCACGCCGACAGAGAAUCGACCAGGGAGGCUCUGCCAUUCCAUUCGUCGAUGGAGUGGCAUUCGAUCUGGGUGGGUGCACGUCUGCGAGUGAAAGGGCGUUAGGAAACGUCGCGCGAAAAGUACCUGGACGCGGUUGUUCUUGGUGAGGAAUCCGGUGAUACACGGAUUUCACGAUAAACCCUUCAUCCGAGGGUCGAUUCAUCCUCCAACGACGUUUUUCACGGCAGCGUAUCUUCGCUUCGGCAAAGGACGACGACAGGUCCUUUCAGAGUUGCUUCUCUUACAUUUAUUCGUCGGACAAAUCGUAGUAUCCGCGGAGGUUCGUUUUGCUCGCAAUACUCGUUGUCCUCGAUCGUGCUUAAUUUAUUAACGUUUCGUUUCGUUCGUGAGACUGCGAACGCGUUGGAAGGAGGGGGGGGGGCGAUCGCGUAAAGAUACAUCAAUCGGUUAACAGAUCGAUCGAGUACACGCGAUCCUUUCCGCGUUACUUACUAUCGAUUCUCGGUAAACAUGUAUGUAUGUAUAGGCACGCGUACGUAUGCGUGGAGACUAGGCUAAUUUAGAUUACUGACGGAAAUCGUCUGGCAAGGGGACCGCGCGCGACCAUUCGACAUUUACCGCGUACCGCGACACUAAUUUAUCGAUCAUUUUUCAGCCCACUGACGAGAGAAUCACUUCUCGAGUUGGCUAGAUGUAUGCGGCAGAGCCGACCGGAUGUUAUUUCGCAAUUCUUGCGAAUCGCGAACAGAACUCCGGAUUGUCCGUUUAUUUAUUCGAUCGGGAAGCAGCUUGUUCGAUAACUUUGUUGAAAAAGAAACGAGCGGAGCACCGGAGCUCUGGUCGCGAGCAGAGUCACACGCUUCACACCAUCACCCGAAGACUCGGAUCGAACGUUUCAGGAUGGGCGGUAACGCCUUCUCCUCGCGAGGGAGUUGGAACGCACGAGUUGAGUUCAUAUUCACGGAACGAUGUUUCUCUUCGAGCAAUGCACGGCCAGUUACGUUGCUUUCCGACUCGGAGGGUGCAAGAACGACAAAAGCGAAUAGAAACGGUCGAUGUCUUGGCAAGAACGACAUCCAUCGUUUCUCGGACCCGCGUUAUCGCGAGAGACAAUUGAUUAUAUAGUAGGACAAUUCUGCGAAUCGACAUUUCACUAUUUCAUCGAUGGAUUUUCAGUUAAAUUACUUGGACAAAUUGCAAACAAACAUCAUUUAUAUUGUCUCUGAAUAAUCGAGUGCUCUUCCAAGGUAAAUGUCCUCGCGAUAACCGCGUCUACAUCGUCUUUUCCUCCCCACCCACUCCCGUCGAUCAUUGCGUUCCUCGUUGACUGACGCGUUCGAGGAACACACCGCGUAGAUUCUUCUUUUAUAAUUAAUAGACGCCUAUCUUGUACGCACCGUGGGAAAUCUGUGAUAUGAUAAUACACAUUCUAUUUUUUUUUGUUUGUUUUGUAACUCGCUCCUCCGCGCACGAGAUUUCGCUUCUAGCACACGUUGGUUUUUUCACGGGGUCACGCACCGGCUCACGGUGGAGUGAGAGAUCACACACGCACACACGUACAUAUUUUCGUAGGUACAGCGACUCGCGGAUUUGUUUAAACGUUGUUGAGGAUAAAUUUGUGAGCCACUUUCCGUACGAUCACACGCAAUCCAACAAAUUCCGAAUUCUCGACCGACCGAAUUUCCGGGUUUACCGUGAAAAUUGGCGGUCGGGGGUACACUCGCAAGGCAGAUGCAAAACAGAAACACGGACAAAGACAUAGGAGGCAGAGACACAGACACAAUGGGGUUUCGUGCAAUUCUACGGUGAUAGGACAUUAAUUUUAAUUGGGUCGACGUGUGGGGAAUCGGUUCGCGACGCGAUCCAGUCGCCGGAUACGAGGAAAAUGGAGAAAAAAUCGAACGAGACCGAUUCUCGUCGGGCGAGCGAAGGAUCGCGACCCCAUAAGCGAACAAAUAAGCAAAAAUCGUGUAUGUAUAGAUAACAAUAGCGGCGACACGACGCUGGCAAACUGAAUUACCGUCCACGAAAGCGGCUAAUCGCGUACAUACUUUUAAAAGCGUGAAACGAUCAAGAAUAAAGCUGUAUCGCGUUCGCAGCAACGACUCAUGGAUUCGAACGAAUCGCCGUUAUCAACGCUUCGACUAUUGACACGUGCAGCUAUAUUCGAAUCUCUCUUCGCGUAUGAAUGGUUUAAACACGUGGGCUGUUAGAAAAUUCAAAUUUAGUGGAGACGUUCGUAAAAGAAAAUUCGAUUUACAAAACAAUUCUUGGCGCUAUCGGCGAUCGUCGGUAGCUCGAGUAUCAACGGCUCCACUCUGCAAAUGUAUAUUUGAAACCGCGAGCGGCUGUAUCUCGCGCUAAGCUCUCGCGGUUCUUGUAAAUAGUAGUUCUGUUUGUAGUUAGACGUAGAUCAAUUAGGAUAGGCUGAAUCGACAUCUUGUCGCGAGCUUCCGACACACGGAGCCGAGAUAGAGCGCGAGAAAUUUGUACAUAGAAUUGUAACGUUAGUCGGAUUGCGCGAGAUGAAACACAGUCUUAAUUUACUAUUCGUAAUCGAUAUCUUCGUAUUCUUAUUCUCCGGUUCCUUUUAUUCCCGCGCCAAUGAUGUGCGCCGAACUUUUGUACAGCGAUUGCAUAAAAAAAAAUAGAACGCUCCGUUGGCAAUACUCAAGAACAGUGGUACUAUUCGUCGCAAUCUGUUUAACGUCGAUAUUAUUUUAUAGCUAAUACUAUUAUAUUAUUUUAUUAUAUUAUACUAUAUGAUAUUAUAUAUAUAUAUAUUAUAAAUAUUAUAUGUAUUAUUGUCGCGAUUUUUAUCGUAAUCUUAUUUAAUUUACGUCCAGUAUUGUCUGAAACAGUAGCACCUAGAUGUUUUUAUUAUCAUGAAGUAAUAGAGAAUCCCGCAUUUAUACAUGCUAUCGUUCCACAAUCAUUAUUCACCCAGACAAAAAGAUUUAUCUAUCCGUGAACUCUAUCAUCCGCUGGUACUACUGCAAUUAUUAAUAUUAUAUAUAUAUAUAUAAUAUUUAUAUAUUAUAUAUAUAUAUAUAUAAUUAUCGAUAUCGAUAUCGCUGCUCCAUUAAUGAUUUUGUUUAUUGAUUAAUAUAUAUAUAUAUACAUAUAUGUAUUGUACACAUAGAAGAGAUAUGUAUAUCGUCGUUAAUUCCUCGUCAACAGAAACGACCUCCCUUUCCGUCUGUUGCGUGGAAGAUGGAGACGGCAUCGUGCGUUUCAGUUGAAUCGAGUACGACUGUCGCGAGAGUGCCUUUCGCUCGUGCGUAUGUUUAUUUUUAUCUACGUGCAUGUGUAUACCUGAAAGUGCAACAGAGAUGCACAAUCGUCUAACACUACGUUUGAAUAUACUGUGUAUAUCGUAUGUGUUGAUUCGGGGAAAAAAAACCUGAAAAUUUCGAGUUAAACCAUCGUCCUGAGGUCGAUCCAUUUCUUAACGCGAUCAUCAUGAAUCCAAUGCUGAACCGCGUGACGAAACGCGGAUACGCACCGUCUGUAUAUGUAGAAGUGGAAAAAGACAAUAAAUAAAAUUAAAUAUUACACGCA